UUCUUGCCCCCCACAUGUCAUAUAACAAUGGUUUCAGCACACUCACAACAAUGGACCUCUUCCGAGUGGAUCUGAAAUCUGAGGUUCAUCUCCGGUUUUUGCUGUCUAGCUGCAGCAAUCUUGAAUGGUUGGGGUUGUGUGAGUGUUACAACUUGGAAAACAUUACAAUAGAGAAUCCCUUUUGCCAGAAAUUGAAGUACCUGAACGUGAGUCUUUGCCAACAAUUGAAGAAACUCGUGCUCCACAACACCAGUUUGGAGACCUUGGAAUACAAGGGAAGAGAAAUUGAACUUGUGUUUGAUGCGCCCAGACUUACAACUUUCUACAGUCCUGUGAGUGACACUUCUGCUUGUCAUAAGAAGCUUUGGCCAAUCCUCAAACUUCCCACUGUUCUACCCCAGAUGGAAACUUUGAUCCUCGAGUGCAGUUGUUUCAUGGGUGAGGUUAUGAAAAACAAAUUGCCUGCAUUAACAUUUCCAUGGCUGAGGCAUCUUGAAGUUAUUAAAGUGGCUACAUUUCGACAGGAUCUGGGGUGGGUAGCCAUAAUUCUUAAGACAUGCCCUGUACUCCGAAGACUAGAGUUACACGUAAGUUUAUCAGUGAUUUCUUAAAAUUAAGA